AUGUCCCGGGCUCAAGCAGAAGGUGUGAUUAAAACUAUUAUUCGUGAGAUAGUUCAAGAAUGCGCAGUGAAGGGCCAGGCUGUGUCGGAGACGUUGGUGGCUUUUAUGGUGAAAGCUGUUGUGUUGGACCCAAGAAAUGAGUUCAAUGUCGAUCGGACACUGACCAAGCAAGAUGUCCAAAAACUGGAAGAGCUGUGUGUGGGCAGACUUAUGGAAAAGUGCAGCCCGGCCCUCGACACAAUCAAAAUGCAGGUCCAUUUUGACAUGAAUUACACAUCUCGACGUGAGUUCAUUGAGGAGCAGCACCAGCUGCUUCAGUCCAGGCUGAGCCCAAUGAGCAGAGAGAUCACCGACAGCCGGGUGAAAACACGGGAGGAGGUGGAGGCCCUUUAUCGCAAGAUCGUUGAGUAUGUCCUGCUGCGCUCUGGCACGGGCUCACCAUCUGAUGACAGCACGGUGCGAGAGGCCACAGCUGCCUUGCAGAGCGUCUUCCCUCAGCCUGAACUGGGAGCCUUCAUGUCACUCAUGAAGAGGGACAAGGAGCAGCAACUCAGCGAGCUGACCAUGAUUGUCACCGGGAUCCGACUCUUCAACAAAUUCAGCAGCAAGGGAGGACAGGGCAUUGAUGACUUGCCUUCAAUUCUUAAUGAAGCUCUACCAGUCACCAGUAAAGGCAUAGAAAACACACUGAAUGUAUCACAGAAAUUGGCAUGGAAAUACACAGCUCUACUGGAGAUGCUAAUGGACCCUGAUAGACGGCCUGGAGACUGUGACGUGUCUCCUGUCCUUCUCAAACAGGCACUCUACAAUGUCAGGCAGCACGAACUGUUCCUGAAAGUCAUAUUGGCUGAUGUGUGUUUAUGUGCCAAGCAAGUUGAAGCCCUGCAGACCAAACUGGAGUCGCAGGUGAAGCUGCUGCAGGAAAUGGUGCAUUCAAGGAGUGCUAUACCCACCGCACAGGUUUUUCCACACUUCACAAGCCUGGCGAAGUUGUGGUCUGGACUUCAGGAUGAGAUGGUGCUGCUGAGCAUCCUCGAUAACACGGCGGUGAAUCUGCAGCCCUUCCUCGCUGCUCAGUCACAAAUUUUCUCUGAGGCUCAGCUGGAUGAACUGCUGGGGGGGUCAGAGGUGAAGACAGAUGAACACAGAAUCAUUGACUCCUCAGGUGAACGUAUCAAUCCCUCUGAGAUUAAGACACAGGAGUGGCUCCUGCCUGAAACAACAGCCAACUUUGACAAGCUGCUGCUGCAGUAUAACGGAGUCUGUGGGUAUACGCUCGUAAACAAGGAUGGGCUUUUACUGCCAGGUAAUCCGAGCAUCGGCAUCUUGAAGCAUAAGGAGAAGUUGUAUGUUUUUAGCUCCAAAGACACUGCACUGAAAUUUGCCUCCAGUCCAGACGAGUUUAUUGCACAAGUGGCUGAGAAAGCCAAGCGUUCCCCUGAGCUGAUUCAGCUCCUUGAACUCCACCAGCAGUUUGCCUGCGUCACUCCAUACUCUGAGAUGCAGUCAGGGGAGGGUUUCCUGGUGAAGCCCAUCACCAAGUGUGACAGCAGCACGCAGACCGAGAUCCACCCGGUGGAGACAAACAUCGUCAAGUCGUAUGAAUGGAACGAGUGGGAGUUGAGACGAAAAGCAAUCAAACUGGCCAAUCUCCGGACUAAAGUGACGCACUCGGUGCAGACUAAUCUGAGUCACAUGAGACGGGACAACAGCAGUCAGACUUUCCUCCCCAAGGACGCCGCUUGUCAAAGCAAGGGGGACGGCGAGACAAACGUGCCCAAGCCUCAGGUCUACCUGGCUGGUCUGCGACAGCAAAAAAGUGGACAUUUCAUGAAAACAAACCUCACCAGGUCUAUCAAUGAAUGA